UUCUUGUUACGCCCACGCCAUUUCAGUUGUCAAACACAGUCAGUACCGGUGCGGUGGGUAAAGUUUACCAGAAGGAGGAGGAGAAGUAGGGGCUGGAGUUAGAGCCAGGGCUAGGGCAUUCCCCUUCUUCCCUUUGAACUCCGCCUUGACUUCCAUGCUCGCCGUUGCCAUCACCGGCCGUACCGGAACCCACUGAUUUGGCGGCGGGUUCUGGUCUGCAAUGGCCUCCAAAGCUGCUCCCUCCCUCAUUGACAUCGCUGCUCGCGCUCUCCUUGCUUCUAUUUUCUACACUAGUAGUUGAAAUUUUUGAUCAAUCGACAACAUUUGUAGAGAUUUGUAGGAAAAUCUCUAGAUGAGAGCUCUUCGGCGGAGUCAUACUUCGUCGCCGUCGUCGCCGUCGCAGAACUCGCCAUCAUCGUCGUCUUCUUCAUCGUCUUCGUCGUCGUCGUGGAAUCAUUUGCGGUCGGUUUUAUUUGUUGCUACUUCUUCACCAGCUACCUCUUCAUCAUCCUCUGAUCGAAGUGGUCGUCUCAGAUCUCCUUGGUCUCGCCGAAGAAGGAAAUGUGUUCUUUCGGCUCAACAAUGGAGAAGUCUAUUUACAUCUGAUGGUAGACUCCAAGAUGGUGGAGUCAAGUUUUUGAAAAGAGUUCGAAGUAGGGGUGUGGAUCCAAGUAUUAGAGCAGAAGUCUGGCCAUUCCUCCUUCGAGUCUAUGAUCUUAACAGUUCGAAAGAAGAAAGAGAUGUGAUUAAAACCCAGAAUAGAAAGGAAUAUGAGAAGCUCCGUAGAGUGUGCCAGCAAUUCCCAAAACACGGUACUAGGAGUUUUAAGUUAAAUGAAAUUGAUAGAGCCUGCCAAAAUGACUGUGGAAGUAUCGUUCAGGAGGGAGACUUAUCUAGCUCUGAGGAUGUAGCUAGUGCACAAGAAUCUCUUUCUUGUGAGGAAAGGAGCCCAGAUGCCAAGUACUUAGAUGAACCCUCCAGUGCAUUGCUAGAAGGAGAUGAUGGUUCAAGAAGCAUAACUAAUGCCAAUGCAACAGCACUAAACAGUGAGUCAUCUGACUCAGACUCCUUGGAGGACCCUGAAGUAAUGCAGGGUUCCCUUUCACCAGAAGGCAGGGAGGAGAAUGAUCCUGACACGGAUCCUGAAGAAAAUGUUUAUCCUUCAAGCACUGAAGCCCAGUCAAAACUACAUGUAACAGAAGAUUUUUCAACCUGGCAACGGAUCAUCCACCUUGAUGCUUUACGUGCCAGUGCCGAUUGGGUAUCAUAUUCUCCUUCUCAGGCUGUUAUAUCAGAUGCUAGGGCACAGCGUUUGGCUGAGGCAGUUGGGCUUAAGGGUUAUGAUCAUCUGGAGCCUUACCGAAUUAUGCAUGCUGCACGGCUAGUUGCUAUUCUAGAAGCCUAUGCACUUUAUGACCCUGAAAUUGGCUACUGCCAGGGCAUGAGUGAUCUACUCUCUCCUAUAAUUACAGUCAUUGCUGAGGAUCAUGAGGCUUUCUGGUGUUUUGUGGGCUUUAUGAAGAAGGCCAGACAUAAUUUUAGGCUUGAUGAGGUGGGGAUCAGAAGACAACUGAAUAUAGUGUCCAAGAUAAUCAAAUGCAAGGACUCUCAUCUUUAUAGACACCUAGAGAAGCUCCAGGCUGAGGAUUGCUUUUUUGUUUAUAGGAUGGUGGUGGUACUAUUCAGGAGGGAAUUGACAUUUGAACAGACAAUAUCCCUCUGGGAGGUGAUGUGGGCAGAUCAGGCAGCCAUCAGGGCUGGGAUCGGGAAGUCUGCAUGGAGCAGGAUAAGGCAGCGAGCCCCACCUACAGAUGAUUUAUUGCUCUAUGCUAUUGCAGCUUCGGUAUUGCAGAGGAGGAAGUUGAUCAUAGAGAAGUAUAGCAGCAUGGAUGAGAUUUUAAGAGAGUGCAACAGUAUGGCAGGGCAUCUUGAUGUAUGGAGACUUUUAGAUGAUGCACAUAACUUGGUAGUCACUCUCCAUGACAAGAUCGAGUCAUCCUUCUAACAAAUCGCUUGAAUUUAGUCCACAAUUUACAGGUUCAGUCCUUCAACGUUGCUGUUCUGAGUAUUGCAAGUCUCAUUUUUUCUAUGCACUGCUUGAAAUGGUACCAUUGCCGAGAUGGAUUGCUUAGCUUCCUGCUGCCCACUACCAAGAAAAGGUGGGUUUGGCAAUCUAUGUUUAUAUCUGCAUUAUGUUGCCCUAUUUAGCAUAGGGGAAUAGGAUGGAUAUGAUUUAUCCAUGGUCACUUAUAAACCCAUAUUACCCAUCAAUUUAUCAUUGUUCUAUGAGAAAACUGAGAUUGGUCAAGAAGUCCCAGUAUCAUCUUGUCCCUUUUCCCAUAUUCUUUUCACCUGUCAUUUAUUGUCUUUAAAGAAAGGAGAAAAAGGAAGGGAAAAUUGAACUUUAUUUUUCCUUUAGUACAUCUUAUUGUCAGCUAUUUAAGAGGGGGAUGGUGCUGCUCUGCUUCCAUGGUUCAGACUUCUGUUAUCAUUAAGUUUGGGUAUGAGAUUUCAAAACCAGGAUUCUUUUCUUCAUAGUACUGCAAUGAAGGGUGGAUGCAAUUUUUAGGGGUGUUUCGAUUAGGAGGUAAGAUGCAGACGAUAGCCGACAUUCGAAAAUAGAUUAUCGGACUAUUG